GAUGAUUUCAAUGGCUACAUGUGCGCAUGUCUAGCAGGAUUUAACGGAACAAACUGCGAAAACAAUAUCAACGAGUGUUCUAGUAAUCUAUGUCUUACGGCGGAAUGUGUACAGAUCAGGUCAAUGGUUACUCAUGUACGUGUGCUGCAGGAUACAAUGGAACACGCUGCGAAAAUGACAUCGACGAGUGUGCAAGUAAUCCAUGUGUCAACAAUGGAACCUGCACAGAUUUAGUUAAUGACUAUUUGUGUGCAUGUGUUCCUGGAAACGGCGGGAAAAACUGUGCAACUGAUAUUGAUGAAUGUGCUUCAAAUCCUUGUCUGAAUGGCGGGAUGUGCAAACGGAUGAAACCAAUGAUUACACAUGCAAAUGUGUAUCCCCUUACUAUGGGAAGCAGUGCUUGUAUCGUGGUAAUAAUAAAAAAUAAAUAACAACGUGAUUUAUACAGCGCUAUAUCCACUAGUUUGCUCAAACAGCUUUUU